AUGGUGAUGGUGGUGGUGGCGGCGCGGCAUUGUAGCUCUCGGUUCGAUGGCAACCACGCCGGGGAGCAAGGCGGCGGCAUCCACUGCUUCGAGUGCGCCCUGUGGGCGGUACACAGCACCUUCGAGGGCAACACGGCCACAGGGGACGGCGGGGGGAUGACAGUGUCGUCGGCCAGCACCGCCAACAUCAACUUCUGCCACUUCAUCGACAAUUCAGUACUUCAGGUCGGGGAGUCUGUUGUCUUCGCCGCGAUGCGAUGCGACGAGGAUUCGAUGAUCGAGAUGCAGGACUGCAACUCUACCUCCAACAGCGCCACCCUCGGCGGGUCGAUCUACAUGUCCAGGAGCGAGCUGGACCUGAGAAAGUGCCUCUUCGUGGGCGAUACGGUGCCUACCGGUGCCAUCGUCUACACCCUCGACGCCAAGGUCCGUGCCCGCGACUCCAUCUUCGAGGACACGACGAACAAUGCCGGCAUGCUGGCUGUACAGGCCGGCUCCCACACCGAGUUCGAGGCUCAGGACUGCUACUUCAUUGGCUGGACCGGGACCAACGUUGUUUUGGCGGACCAGACGGGCGUGCUUCACUUGGACGGGUGCGACUUCAGCGAGAGCACAGCCAGCAGCAUGGUCAACGUACAGGACGGAGGGACGCUUGCUGUUGUCAGGAACGCACGUCUAGGCACGAGCAACUACCAGGCUAUCAACUACGGCACGGACUUGGAAACCCCGUUGGAAGCCGAAAACUCUUCCGUAUCGAUAUUCGGGUCCAACAUCGCCGGCUGCGAGCUAAGCGGCUGCUCCGACAACGAGGGAUGCAUCGAGGGCGACCUGGGCGUCUACUGCUACUGCUACGUCUCUGUCGUGGACACUACCUCCACAUGCCUCGGGAGUUCCGGGACCUUAACCUUGACGGGACCAGACUCUGUAGUGUCUACCACCUACCCGGACGCCCCAUCCACGUCACUGGUGUUGUCCUGGAACGACUCCGAGGCGUUGGGAGCGGACAGCCAAGACGGCGCGGGGGAGCCUGGAGGGGGCGCGGGUCUGUGGGAGAUUGUGUGGUUGGACGAUCCACGGAGCGUGGCGUGGGUGGUGGUGCCGUCGACCGGGCUCGCGUACCCCGGAGAAAAUAUUACCAUCUCCCUCAACGGCGAAGUUUCGACCUACUGGAACGGCGAGAGCACGACCGUCUUCACGGCCGAGGCCCCUCACCAGGAAGAGGUGGAUCCCUUCGCCACAAGCAUCAACGCAUCGUUCGUCUACUGCAACGCGGGCCAGUACUGGGUCGCGAGCGAGACCUCGUGCAUGAUGUGCGCGGACGUGGCGCUUAACCCUGAGGGCCUUAGCUGCGACUCCGAGGGUACCCUGCUGGAGACUCUCCCGCUAGCCGAAGGCUACUGGCGCUCGACGGAAACUUCGACGAAUAUUCGUGAGUGCUUCAAUGACGACGCCUGCAUCGGGAGCGAGGUAUCGCAACGCAUAUCGUCUCCGAAUGACUACUGCGACACCGGCUACAUGGGGCCCUAUUGCGCUGUCUGCAUGGACGGUUACACGACCGGUGUGAGCCAUACUUGCCAUUCCUGCGACGGAAGCUACUGGGCCGGGAUGGUGGUGGUGAUGGCUCUGACCGGCGUGGUGCUGGUGGUCGGGGUGGUGAUCGUCCUCAACGAUCUCGUGGGGAAUCCUGCUCUGACCGACCUCAGCGAGACCCACUUCUCGGUGAUGUCGAGGAGGAUACGGACCAUUCCGUUCCACAAGCUCAAGAUUCCCUUCGUCGUGCUCCAGAUCAUAACGCAGUACGCGUCCAUCACGUCGAUCGAGUUCGCACCGGUGUUUCAGACUUUCUUGUCUACCAUCAGUGUCAUCAACCUGGAUUUGGGGUGGGUCUUGACGUCCGUGUGCAUCAUCGAUGUUAACUUCUACGGCAAUCUGAUUGCGGCAACAGUCGGACCGCUGAUGGUGUUGCUCGUGCUGGCCGCGACGUACUUGUACACCUGGUGA